GUGGUUGGUUUUCCAAAAACAAAUACGCAUGGAACCUUCAAUUCAAUCUUCAAACUUGAGAUUGUGUUAUUGUGCAAUAUAGAGUUAAUAGAGCUAAUAAAACUCGCAAAAAUAAUUCUGAAACGUAAGAUAUAUAUGCAGCUGUAAGCCGUUACUAACGGUUUAAGUUCUCCGCGGUCCGAAACGACUUUUCCGAUAGAUGCAGAGUGAGACAUCUUGCGGUGUUUUUACUCGUCUUUGGUAGCAUGCUACUUAACGUUAGCACAGCAGCUAGCAUAGUAGAGAGGAAAGCUGUCAAAUUAAGUAGAAUCUCUGAUGUUACUUUUUAAACUAUGAAUUUACAAGACACAUUUUGAGAUCAAUUCCUGCUAACAACUCCUAUUUUGGAGCGUUAUUUUAGCUCACUUGCAAACUGUUUAGCUUGUAUUAUUUGCAGUUAACGUUAGGGUUAGCUAGUAAAGUUAGCUAUGUUUACAGAGCUCAACAGUAUCUUGAACACCUCUCCCGACAGUUUCACACAGGGAGAAUUUAUCUUGGUCUCAGACAGACAAAGUGAUGCCUCUUUCCUCAUUCACCACUUCCUCUCUUUGUACCUACGAGCACGCUGCAGAGUGUGGUUUCUGGGUCUGGUGCAGUCCUUCAAUCAUUACAGUGCAGUCGGUCAGAGAUUGGGUGUAAGCCUAGCACAAGCAAAGGAAAAAGGUCAGCUGGUUUUCCUAGAAGGACUGAAGGAGUCGCUGUCUGUUUUGAUUCCUCAAGAAACCGACACAGGAAGUCAAGCCAUGGACUUCCUCAGGGAUCCUGCCGUUGGCCUGAAGAGUCUGUACGAGUUUGUCCGGGCCAGUGUGAGCAGCUCUGGUGGCCGGGAUGAGGGGAUGGGCGGGGCAGAGGAGUGGGGACCUCCGGUGUUGCUGGUGGAUGACCUCAGUGUGCUGCUGAGUCUGGGGGUGAGCGUUGGAGCCGUGCUGGACUUCAGCCACUACUGCCGAGCCACCAUCUGCUCCCAGCUACAGGGAAAUGUGGUGAUGGUGGCACGCUGUGAUGGGGAAGAAGAGGAGGACAACGGAGAUGAUGAAGGCUCAGAGAGACUUCUGAAGGGCCUGACCCACCAGUGUAGCCUCACUCUUCAUGUACAGGGUCUCACCACUGGCUACUGCAGGGACAUACACGGGCAGGUGGAAGUGUGUUGGAGGAGGAGACAAGGUGACGGACAGUACACACAGAAGAAACUCUUUCAGUACAAGGUCCACGAUAAAGGAGCCUCCUUCUUUGCUCGUGGGACGUCCAGCGCUGUUCUCUAGUUCCACCUUUCAGCGUUCUCGUUUGCCUUUGUCUCUCUUACAUGUGACAACUGACUGUUAUAUUUCAAUAUCACCAGACAAUACAAAUGUUGGUUGUCUAGCUGCCAAAGUGGUUGGUGAACUAGACAAAUUUACGAGCCAUAGCCAAGCUUUGCAUUGGGAUGCUCGCUAGUGUCAUUGACCCGGUCUGGACCCCGGGCUUUCUGGAGGAAGUUCACUGUGAUCCUGCCCACUUCUCAGAUCUGUUUCGGCUGUUCAAAUAAGUGAAGUGAAAACAAAACGGCAAUUCAGUCUGAUUAUCAGGCUGGUCUGCUGAAGGUGUUGACUACAGGCUCAUGCUAUUGUCAGUAUUCGGGCACUAGAUGAAUCAGUUUUUGUUUGUUGACAGCAUGCUAUGAAUGCAGACCGUUUACACGUGUUCUGGUUAAUGAACAAUAAUGGACUGACUGAUAGUUAUGCUGUAGACCAAUAAAUAAAAUGCAUCGGUCACAGGGACUGCUGGUGUUUGGGCGUGAAAAUAAUAAUGAACAAAGAAGAUGAAUAUUUCCACCCAGAAUUGUUUUACAACUGAAUGGAGCUGCAACGCCGCUGGAUCUUGGUUGAAUAAAAUCUAGUGAAAGUGUGAAAAA